AUGCUUCCUCAACCCCUAGAUCUCCAGAAAUGGAUAAGAGAGAAUGAGGACCUCCUCCAGCCUCCUGUCAAUAACUUCUUGGUUCACAGAGGUGGGUUCUCCAUCAUGAUCGUGGGUGGUCCCAAUGCUCGUACCGACUACCACAUCAACCAAACCCCAGAAUACUUCUACAUGUUCAAAGGCACCAUGAUUUUGAAGGUGGUAGACGACGGAGAGUUCAAGGAUAUCUAUAUCAAGGAAGGUGAGUCGUUUCUAUUACCUCCCAAUGUCCCCCAUAACCCUACUCGAUUUGCCAAUACAAUUGGAUUGGUGGUGGAGCAAGACAGACCAAAAGAUUUACUUGACAAAGUCAGAUGGUACUGUCGCAACUGUAAAGAGCCAAUCCACGAGCUUGAGUUCUACUGUUAUGACUUAGGUACCCAGAUCAAAGAAGCCAUUAUCAACUUCGAUAAGGAUAUCGAUGCCCGAACUUGUGAAAAGUGUGGGACCUUGAACUACUCCCGCCCUCAGGAGUAA